AUUUCUACCCGGAUGAAGCAAGUAGAUCUAGCCAACGAAGCAAAUUACCUUUCGCGGGACAUACCCACCAGCCGCGCGGUGUUCCGCGCGCGGCGGGGCCUACUCGUGCGUCUCGAGGUAGAUCGCGGCGUUGAUCAAGGACUUCUUGCCCUUGCCCCGCCAGAGCCCCGUCAUCGUCUCCCAGAGCGACGGGUGGGGCUUGACCUCGUGGAUGUUGAAGCACCGCGGCCGCGGGUGGCCCUCGUUCCCGCGGAAGAAGCGGUGCGGCGGCCUGUGCGGAAUCAAACUUCAGGCGCCCCACGCCAUCGAAGCGUCGUCCCCGCUGGUUGAUUUCCGCACAGGCGGCGGCGGCGAACAGCCCUUGCACAUCUUGUCGGCGCGGAGCUUGUUCACGAGCGUGUCUACAAAAGUGCACACUUGCUAUGCCGAUUCCCGGCUCCUUUGCAUGAGGUCAGCUCGCUUCCUCAUCGACGUGCGAGCCGCCGGUGGUUGGAAGCGCUACGCGCUCCGCGACCACAAGAAAAUGUUGGUCCUGCGGGAGCUUGGUCACCGCGGCCGCGCGACAGUCAGCCCGCGGACGCCGUCGGUCGUCGCGCGCCUCUUCGCGGCCGCGCCGUCCAGCGGCCCCGUCGACGCGCAGCGCCGAACCCGCCGCGCACGGGCCCUCGAGGUCUCCCGGACGCCGCUCCCCGCUCCGUUGUUCUUCAACGUGCUCAAGUUCUGGCUGGGUACGCCGUAUUACCCGUGGGUCCAGCGCGAGCGCGUCGCGAUCUAGCCAGUCACGCGCGAGCGACGUAAAUUGCUUAAUUACCGUGCCACAACUUCACGAGCGCGCCCCAGAGCGACGGCUCGGCGGCGACGUCCUGGACGCCGAAGCAUCGCGGCCGGGGAUGUUUCUCCCCUUCCAGGAAGAAAUCUGCCGGCGGUCGCUCGCACCCCGCACACGUUCCGGCCGCGUGGAUUCGGUUCUGUAAGGAGUAGUAGAACGCAAAAUCCGCGCAGUUCUCCCGGCGAAACGUGCGCUUGUAGUACUCCGUCGGCGGGAGCUUCGCCAGCCGAUCGGGGUGCUCCCGGAGCGCCGCCGACGCGAAGAACGAGUUGCUCCGGGCCGGCAUCGGCACUUCCUUGCCCAGUAGAGCGGAGCGAAGCGCCGGCUGGAGGUCGCCCUCGAGAAUAAACACGUAGUGAAAAGCGUCGAUGACCUCGAGGGCCGCCCGUAAUUCUUUUGGGCCGAUGACGACUUCCUUCUCGCCGGGCCGCUCGGAAAUGCCGUUCAGGAGCCGGACGUAGAAAUUCGGGCCUGUGUGUUAGACAUCAAGUCGCUCGUAACUUGAUAUGUCGCCCCGUACCGUUGAACGGCACGGGUGAUUAAUGAGGACGCCGCCGGCGCACGGUUGAAGAACCCGUACUUGACGACCGCGCCGCCCGUGGGCGUUUGCGCGUAAUUCCGUUUCGCGAACUGCGCGAUGGUCAGGUUCGUCGCGCGCGCGUAGCCGUGCUCCCGGAGGAACGUGCUCCUGAACCGCGACCACGGCUCGCGGAACGACGUGGCCAGGACGCCGCCCAGCGAACGCCACUCUGCAGCGAAUGUCCGCAGCUGCGACCUGCGUGGGAAUCGCAUUUCAGGCGCCCGACGCCGUCGACGCGAUGGUGGCUUCGUGACUGCGACGUGAUGUCCACACGGUCGCGACGGCGUCGGGAACUUCCAGGACUCCUCGAUCAUGCAGACGUCCAGACCCGCCGCGGCCAUGGCGCUUGCCAUGCGCGCCGCGCCGCCCGCCCGCCACGUCUCGUCGAUGGUGUGCGCUUGCUUCAGGUGGUGGCCCGUGGCGUUGUUGCCCAGGAGCCGCGUAUUACAAUUACAUCCCUCGAAGCCGCGGCGCGUCAUCUUGGCCGGCGUGCGCAGGCCGGCACGGCUGAAGAGCUCGCAGAAACUGGUGCCGCCCGCCUUGUGGAAGUGGAAGAAAAAAAUGGGGGUCUUUGGUCGGCCCGCGGUGGCCGCCGCGGCGAGGAGGACGACUUUGAGCAUGGCGCCUCGUUGGCGUCUGGUCGGCCGGCCCCCCCUCGCUUGGGGCUAUUUUCAUGGCCGAGGCCCUCGCCUCGAUGCGCCAGGCCUACCACGUGCCGCUCGACCGCCGCGGCGGCCGCAAGUACAAGUGGUUCGUGCUCCACGCGGGCGACAUCACGUCCCAGCAAAUCUGCGCGGCCGCCCAAACCGUCCACGCGUCGCGCGACGCCGCGCUCGCGGAGUUCGAGGGCUGCGCCGCGUUCGACGCGAACCGGAGCGCCGGCUGCCGCGCGGACACGGCGCGCUACGCGGCGACGAAGACCGUGAACACCAUCCGCUUCGCCGAGCCGUCGCCGGCGCUCCGGGAGAUCUUCCAGCUCAGCACGGUGGCCUACGACCUGCCGGGCUUCUGCCGCUCGCGGCCCGGGCUCCUGAACCACAUGAACUUCGCGCCGGACGCCGUCGACGAGUACCUCCUGCCGCUGGGCGUCCGGAGGGUCGCGCUGCUCGACGCGGACGCGGCGCCGAACGUGCUCUUCCCCCGCUUCUAUGAUUCGGGCGGUGCCGUCGUCACGGCGCUCUCGCGGCACCAAUCGGAUUGCCAGGCCUACUUCGAGAAAUUUAAUGUGGAGCACCCCUACGUCGCGGCGACGCUCGGCGCGUCCGUGGAGGCCGUGAACCGGCGGCGCUUCCGCGCCGACGCGCUCGUGGUGAACGACCUCGAGCGGUAUUGUGAUAUUGACGUGAAAAGGGGAGUGGCAAAUGCGCUGCGCGUCCAGGUCACGUACCCCCGGGACGAAUCAAAGCGGCUGUGGCGCUGCGGCCUGCAGCAGCCGCCCCUGGUCCUGGCGGCGGCGAACCACACGCGCGUCCUCCGCUACUACGACCUGGCGCCCGUCGACGGCGACGUCGAGGUUUGCGGUCCGCCGCCGGCGGCGUGGACCACGAAGAAGAGCGGCGUCACCUACGCGUGCCGCGUCCUCGGCCUCGAGCGCGACCGGCCGGGGUGCGUGGAUCGGCUCCUCGCGCGGAUGCGGGCCACCGCGCUGGGCGACCACCACACGCCGGGGUGCGGACUCUUCAACAAGCAGCGGCACCGUAGGCCUCCGGCUUAA